AUGCGUGUCCCAACUUCUCCUAGUGCUAGGGCGAAGCGGCAAAUUGCCUCCCUCAUGGAGGAGGUUGAAACAUUGAAGCAGGACAAGGUGACGAAAAAAAGAAAGACAACUUUCUAUGUUUCGCAGGGACGGGCGAUCCGUCGUAUGGUUGACUUGUACACUCCCAUAGAGGAUCUUAUUGCCGAGAAUGACCGGCAUUGUGAAGAAAGUGACAAGGACUUCACUCCGGAGCAAGACCAACUUCAACGUGGUUACAUCGAACUUGCCAAGGUACUGUCGUGGCUUCACAAUAAACUGGCAGAUCUCGACCACGAAGAGUCCAACGACAUGUUGAAAAAGCUCAAGCGAGGCGCAGACUCGGCUCGGGGAGACGACACAGGAACUCUGAAAGAACUCGUGGCGUCGUGGGUGAACAAUGAGUGCUGUCCGAUUCCACUCAUCAGGACCGACGACAAGCACCAUCGAGGCUUCGUGAGCGAUGCGUGUGGUAAACUCCUCUGCCCAGCGGAAUGGCACUGGGAGGAUCCAAUGUAUGUCAUGCUCCCACAUCAGUAA